AAAGUGUAGGAAAAAUUUGAAUGAAAAAGAAAAAAAAAAAAAAAAGAAAAAAAAGAAAGCAACGAAAGAUGAGAUCGAAUAAUUAUUUAUUCAACUGUAAAAGUUUAUUCAUUUCGAUGAUAAUUGUGUCGGUUUUGUUUGAUCAUUGGGUGAUUGCCAAUGAGGAUAAUGAAUCGACUAUGGUGGUGCGCGAGAAAAAGGCGCGAAUUGUGAAGAAACUUAAAAAAGAUUUGAGAAAAUUGAAGAAACAAGAAGGAGCAAUUAAAUUGAUUGGUAGUGAGAAAGGUGAUUACGAAGGAAAUGUAGAGAUAUUGCAUGAGGGUAAAUGGGGCAGUAUUUGCGACGACGAGUGGGAUUACUUGGAGGCCAAUGUGGUUUGCAGACAAUUAGGCUUCGACGGUGCAAUUAAACCAACGACCAAUGGUCAUUUCGGACAAGCCAGAAGAAGAUAUUGGAUGGAUAAUAUUUAUUGCGAUGGUACAGAAGAGGAACUUUCCAAAUGUCGUUUCGAUGGUUGGGGAAAUUCUGAUUGUGAUAGUAACGAAGCUGCCGGUGUUAUAUGUUCUCACGAUGAAGAAAAAUUAUCAUUAUCAUCAUCAUCAUCAUCAUCCUCGUUUAAAAAGAAACAAGAAAAGUCAAGGAUCAAGGAUGUGCAUCAACAAGGCAUUGCAUUAAGAUUGACUGGUGGUCGGGGUCAUAAUGAGGGUAGACUUGAAAUUAAACUUGGAACUUCUGAUUGGGGUGUCGUUUGCGGCGACGGCUGGUCCCUAUUCGAAGCAGGGGUGGUCUGUCGUCAACUAGGACUUGGUUACGCCUCCGACGCUACACAAAGCAACUAUUUUGUUGGCGAGACUAUACCCAUGGCGAUUAGUGGUGUACGGUGUCAUGGGGACGAAAAUAAUCUCGCUGAAUGUUUGUACGAUAAAAUUCCUUAUUGUCCUGGUGUGAAGGAGAAUGUGGCAGGUGUAGUGUGUUCAAGAGAUAUGCCAGAUUUGAUCUUUGAUCAUAUUGAAUUAAUGAGAACGGCAUAUUUGGAGGAUCGUCAACUUUAUUGGUUACAAUGUGCCAUGGAAGAAAAUUGUGUUGCCUCGAGUGCUUACAAGGUUCAAAAGGAAUCGUAUAAUUGGCAUUUUGAAAGUAGAAGACUAUUGAGGUUCACCGCAAGGAUCUUAAAUGCAGGAACUGCUGACUUCCGACCAGCCGUGCCUAAACACUUAUGGGAAUGGCAUAUGUGUCACAUGCAUUAUCAUUCUAUGGAAGUAUUUGCAACGUUUGACAUAAUUGAUUCGAGUGGCAACAAAGUAGCUGAGGGUCAUAAAGCAUCUUUUUGUUUGGAAGAUAAUCAGUGUAUUCCAGGUGUAGAACCAAGAUACAAAUGUGCUAAUUACGGUGAUCAAGGAAUCUCCGUUAAUUGUAGCGACAUAUACAAACAUAAUAUUGAUUGUCAAUGGGUGGACAUUUCUGAAUUAGAACCAGGACAAUAUACAUUUAAGGUCGCCGUAAACCCGGAGUUUAAGGUCGGCGAAAUGUCAUUUGACAAUAAUGCAGCAAUUUGUCGUUUACUUUAUACAGAAACCUUCGCAACUGUACACAGUUGCGUCAUGGGAAGACCUUGAUAUCUUUCAAAGGAAUAUUCAAAUAAUAAUCAUUUGAGAUUUUCGAAUUUGUUGAUCAUAGAAUAAAUUAUUGAUAAAGAUGCAUGAACAUAUGUGCAUUUUCUUUUCUUCUUUUUCUUAUACA